AUGAACGUCGCCAGUUUAGGAACAAAGAGCCCCUGCUCGCUGAAGCCCUGCCCCGUGAAGGUCGGGCAGGCCUUCCGCUCGCAGCGCAGGGCCCCUCUCACCCACGGCAUCAGGGCUGCUGCCGCCCAAUCGGAGCCAGAUGUGAGCGAUGCCAAGCCGGGGAAGAACCUGGAGGCGAUGCGGAAGUUCUCAGAACAGUAUGCACGACGCACCGGCACCUACUUCUGUUCUGACAAGUCUGUGACCGCUGUGGUCAUCAAGGGGCUGGCGGAGCACAAGACCGACUACGGCGCCCCCCUGUGCCCCUGCCGGCACUACGAUGACAAGGCCGCCGAGGUGGCGCAGGGCUUCUGGAACUGUCCGUGUGUGCCGAUGCGCGAGCGCAAGGAGUGCCAUUGCAUGCUCUUCCUCACCGAGGACAACGACUUUCGGGGGGAGGACCAGGCCAUCACCCUGCAAGAGAUUCAAGAGGCGACCGAGGGCAUGUGA